ACCUCAUUUUCAUCAGCUCCUUUUCCGCCGCUUCACAUGCGAGAGAAAAUUUACAGAAAAGACUCUUAAAACAAUGCAUUAACUCUGCGUAAUAGAGUGCUUUAACCGAGUUUCUUUCUAAAUAAGUGACUAAAUAAUUCACUGGUAAUAUGCUUCUUUUCUGUCCGACCUGUGGGAAUGUUUUAAUUGUCGAGGAAGGACAGAAGUGCUUGAGAUUCGCGUGCAACACUUGUCCCUACGUACACAACAUCACAAGAAAGGUAAAUAACAGAAAGUAUCCCAAACUAAAAGAGGUGGAUGAUGUCCUCGGUGGAGCUGCAGCGUGGGAAAACGUGGACUCAACUGCUGAAAAAUGUCCCAAGUGUGAGCAUCCUCGGGCGUAUUUCAUGCAGAUUCAGACCAGAUCAGCAGAUGAACCGAUGACAACUUUCUACAAAUGCUGCAAUGGCCAGUGUGGACAUCGAUGGAGAGAUUGAGACCUAUGGACUUCUAGUUAUCGAUUUUUUUUUUUGUGUGUGUGAGAAUUUCAAGUUUCUGCUUUGUGUGUAGACACAGCUGAAGAACGUUGGAUAUUUACAUGCAAUAAAAAAAAGUUUCCUUAA